AUGUCAAAACCAUAACCUUCAAAACGAUCAUCAAUGAGUCCACCUAAUUUGAAGCAAUCUUAAUCACAAAAAGUAGUUAAAUAAACCUUCUAAAAUAAUGAGAUAGGAGGUAAUGCAAUUGAAUCUAAGAGACUAACAGCUGAAGGCAAGAAAUACUUUUUCGGAAAGAGUGGUUAUCAGAUAAACUUUGAUAAUGCUUUUACUCUGUUCAAUGAGGCUAUUGCUAAAGACCCGAGCAACAGUGAGGCAUUUCAUUUAAGAGGCAAAUGCAGAAUGGAGAUGCAUGAUUACACUAAUGCUUAGUAUGAUUUCACGAUGGCCCUUAAACUUGAUAAAAACGACAAGAAAAAACAAGCAGAGCACUUAAAUUGUGCUGGAUAAGCAAUGUAUUACUAAGGUAAGCUUGAUGAAGCGUUGACUUAGUUUGACAAGGCAAUCAAAAUAGAGAGAGAGGUAGCAAGCCAUUUUUAUUUUAGAGCAAUGGUGAAGCAAAAAGUAAAUAGAAUCGAAGAAGCUGUAGAAGAUUAUUAAAAGGCUUUGGAUAAAGGCCUCAAUGAUUAGAAUACAAUGUGGUAUGCCUACUACAAUAAAGGAGUGUGUCUCAGAAAACUUAGCAGAAUAGACGAAGCUAUUAUAGAUUUUAAAAAAGCAGUAGAACUAUAGGGAGAUAGAUCUAGUGGUCAUGACAACCUUGGUAUGGCUCUAUUUGAUAAGGGAGCUUUUGAUGAAGCUUUAUUUGUGUUUUCAAGAGCCAUAUCGAUUGAUUCAGAGCCAUCUCAUUACAGUCACAGAGGAAUUACAUUUUUCAAGUUGGGGAAAUAUGAAGAAGCUCUUAAUGACUUUCACAUGGCUAUCUCUAAAAAUGAAGAUGAACCACUGUUUUAUUAUUAGAGAGGAAAUGUCUACUUGAAUUAGCAAAGGUACGAAGAAGCGCAUGAUGACUAUGAUAAAGCCUUGAGACUAGACGAAAAGAAUUCAAAAUACUGGCAUGCCAAGGGUCUCGCUUAUGAAGGCUAGCAAAGCAAGUUACUUGGAGAUCUUGGAAUGCAGCAUAGACUAAAUGCUAUUGAAAUGUAUCAGAAAGCUCUGUUUUAUGCAGAAAAUGACUUUAUUUCAAGUGAGUUUCAUUUGGGUAAAAUGCUUCAUCUGACUAAUUAAUUUCCCCAAGCACUUAAACGAAUGAGUAAUGUAGUAUAAAAGAUGCCUGAUGAUGUGGAUGUUUACAUUUAGAGAGGCUAGAUCUACCAGGAUAUGGGUAAUCACUAAUAUGCAAUUAGAGAUUUCAACAAAUCUUUGCAGCUAAAUCCAGAAAAAGCAGAGCCCUACUACUACAGAGGUAUAUCUUAAAUGAAAUCAAAACUUUACUAUGAGGCCUUAGAUGACUUUAAUUAGAGCAAAAAUUUGUCUAAGGAAACUGAUCCUAUCCUGCCAGGUAUAUUUGAUGGUUAAGGAAGUUGUUAUCUGCUUCUCAAAGAAUAUGACAAGGCAAUUACAUAUUUUAACCAAGCCAUUAAUCAAUAACCUCAGAAUGUCAAAUUUCUCUUAAACAGAUCAAAUUGUUACUAGAUUAUCUAGAGUUAUAAAGAUGCUAUUUCAGAUUUAGAUAAAGCUCUUUUGAUUUCACCAAAAGAUCCCUAGUUAUUUUAUAAACUUGGAUUGGCUUACUAUAAAUUACCCAACUUUAAAAGAGCAAUAAAGACUUUGAAGAGAGCACUCAAGAACAGUCCUUAUGUUUCUUAUGAAGCAGAUAUUUACUACCACAUAGGUAUAGCCUAUGCUAAUCUUGAUAAAUAUGAAAGAUCACUUUAUCCUUUGACCAAAGUAAAUAUAUAAAAACUGUAAAUCUUAUUUUAGUGUAUUGAAAUGAUUCCAAAUGAAAUCAGAUACAUUCACGAAAGAGCCAAAUCAUAUUAACUUAUAGAAUUUCACAAAGAGGCUAUAGAGGAUUUCUCAAAUGUUAUAAAGAGAAACCCAAAGAAUGCUCAUGCCCAUUUUAGGCGAGCAUUUUCAUAUAAAUCAUUAGGCAAUUUCUAACAAGCGGCGGAUGAUUUUGAAAAAGCGAAAUAAUUAGAUCCUUUAAAUCAUAAACUAGUAGUGAACUAUAAAAGACUAAAAGGAGUUAAUUGUAUUGUACUAUGCUAGCCAGGUGAAGAAAAGAUAUUCUGA